CAUUAAAAGCAAAAAGCCCUGAAAAAUUAAAUUAAUAAAAAAAAGUAAAGAGGUCCUUGACAGACUUAAAGUUGUUGAGAAACAACAGAUUCCACAAAGGGCAUCUGGACUGAGAGGACUCAAAAUCAAGCCAGAUUGAGGCUGGGUCAUAUUUGAGCCAAUCUGCUAACACACAAAGAUGUACUGCCAACUGAUAAAGUGUCACAUUAGGUAAAUCUAAGCCCCCAUCAGAGCUGACUAUUUGGAGUUUCGACAUUUUAAGUCGGGGCUUGCUUUUUGGUCUAGGCAGGAUGUUCAUUUUGAUAAGAGCAAUCCUGCCCAGCCAGGAUAAGGGGGGAGAGGGGGGAAAUUGUUCUUAUACAUCUGAUCAUAAGUAGGUGUUAUGUACACACCCAAGUAGUUUUGUGCUCUCUCUCAUAAAAGCAUUCUGCCUUAUUGCUUGAGCCAGUGGUUCAAUAGCAAUAUCAAAGAGUAAUGGGCUGAGAGGGUCACCCUGUCUGUUCCUGCAGUGAAGGGGAAAAUUAUGAGACUUCAGACCACUUGUCAGAACUGCCGCUGUUGGAUUGUGGUAAACCCUGACCCAGCUGACAAAUUUGUCUCUCAGGCCAAAUUCUUUCAACACAUAAAACAAUUAAGACCACUGAACCCAGUCAAAUGCCUUCUCAGCAUCCAGAGAAACCACAAGGGCAGGGUCUGUGAAGUCCUGGCAAAACUGAAUAAUAUUAAGAAGCCCUCUCACAUUAUCGCAGGAGUUCUGGCCCUAAUAAAGCCAGUCUGGUCCUCCUCAAUGAUGUGAGGUUGUACUUUUUUCAAGACGCAUGGCUGGUAUUCUGGAGAGCAGUUUUUGGUCAGCAUUGAGAAGGGCUAUUGGCCUGUGAGAGAUGCACUUGUCCGGCCAUUUUUCCCUUCUUGAGGAUAAGAGAGAUAUUAUCCCAUUAUCCCAUUAGGAUCCCAUUUUCAAAUGAAUGGUUGAACAUAUCCAGCAUGGGGUCGAAGAGAAUAUUGCAGAACUCUUUAUAAAACUCACAUCCAAAUCCAUCUGGCCCUGGAGCCUUUCCAGAUGGCAUAGAUUUCAAAGCCAUUAAUGCUUCAUCAUGCUUCUUCAGAAAAAUAAAUGCAUUAGUGCUGAAGCAUUGUCAGGCUGUUCUGACUUAUACAAAUUAGAAUAAAACAAUGCAAACCCUUUAGUAAUAGAAUUGGUAUCAAAUAAUCUAACACCAUUAGAGUCUGCAAUUGAGACAAUGAGUUGAAAGUCUAUACCCUCUUUUAACAAGUUUGGCAAGAUAUCUACCAGGUUUAUCCUCAUGCUCAUACAGCCUCUGUCUGGCAACUUUAAGGGAGUACUCAGAAUUCUGAAUUAGUAGAGUAUUUAGUACAGCACAUGUGGCCAUCAAUUUCUUGAGUGAAUCUGAGCUUGGACUUGAUAUAUAGUGUUUAUCCAAGUCAGCUAAUCUAGAUUCGAGAAGCUUAUGUUGUUCAUUCUUCUGACAUCUUUUAGAUGUUACAAAGGUCAUUAUCAAACCCCUGGAGAAAGCUUUACAUGUCUCCCAAAGGAGAAAGGGAUUGCCACUAGAUAGCAAAUGAAUUGAAUAAAAUAUCUUGAAUUCUGGGGCAAAAUAAGAAAUAAAAUGAUUGUCUUUGAGAAGAGAUGGCUGAAGUCUCCAGCACCUUGAUUUAUUUGUAUACAAAGCCCUGAAUGGAGUGGCCCCCUCCUACAUGACAAAACUUUUAACCCCUUACUCCACCUCCAGACCCCUCAGGUUGGCUGACCUAGGGCUUUUAACUGUUUCAUGCACUAAUUUUAAACUCAGGGGUGACCGUGCCUUUGCAGUCGCAGCCCCCAGACUCUGGAACAGUAUUCCCCCCUCUGUCAGACUUGCCCCCUUCAUUGACUCUCUUGUUCCUUUUUACAAAAGCUUUUGAUUCCUCCUGAUGUUGCCUUUGUGUUUAUUUGUGCCUUGAUCUAUGUUGAUUGCUGUUUUUGUUCUGUUUAUUAUUUUACUUCUCUUGUAUCUCUUUUAUUCAUUUUUUAACUGUACAGCACUUUGGUCAGCUUGGGUUGUUUUUAAAUGUGCUUUAUAAAUAAAUUUGACUUGACUUGACUUCUUCUCUCCUCAGAGAGAGAAUAGACCAUGUAUAGGGGGGCAUGGUCAGAUAAAAUAAUGCUGCCUAUGGUACAUGGUAAAACCAAAAAUAUUUUAGAUGAGGGAAUAAAAAAGUAAUCAAUUCUAGAGCAACUUUUAUAAGGGGCAGAAAAAGGUAAACAGUAAUCAGUGGGAUGAAUACCCAGUGUCAGGUUGAGCAAAUAAUUAGAGCCGAGUGGCACGGAGCUCUAAACAAAACGGUGCAGACACCUCGUCCCCAUCAAUUGACCCCUGCACAUUGUGAUUUGUGAUAUUGGGCUUUACAAAUAAAACUGAAAUUAAAAUUGAACUGACAUGAAAAGAGUGAAAAUAUGGAUCUAUAUUUUCCAUUUAUAUAUACAAUAUCUGAUGGCUGAUGAAAUGAGUGCUUAAAAUAUUACUAAUAGAUUGAUUAUGAACUCCAAAAUCAAACAGAUGUUUGCAAAACAAGAACAGUAUGCAUUAACUGCUAUUUUUUUUUACAGUAAUUAUCAUUAUUUGAUUAUAUAUUGAAGUUGAAUGAGGCUUGGGAGUCUUGGGAACAUGUUGGUUUAUUGUAUGAGGUAAUCCAGGCAAAUGUCUUAAAUCUACAGCAGCUCUAAAUGCAGCUUAUUGUCUGGGUUUGGCUCCAUCUAGUGUUCUGAUGGCACACUGACAUGACAUGACAGGAGGCCUCAGUCCUGCUGAGUGGCUUCAAUAAUCCAAAUGAGCUGAUGGCGCACAUGCUUGACUGAUCAGCAGCUACUUAAGCUCAGCUGUGUCUGCUGCUCGCAUUUAAUCACUUUGUGUGUUGCUCUGUUUUUCCUAUAUCCAAGUUCUCAACAAGGUAAAGUGACUCUACUUUGUUUUCAUCACAACAUACAACACAGAAAAUUCAUAUGAAAGAUUUAGAAGCAUGAGUUUUGGGUGGCAGCAAAUGCCUUAUGAGCUUUUUAAAGGCAAUUGUUAAAAUAUUUUCCCUCUUUAAUAAUUCAGAUCAGAAUUUUUUUGUUGAAUUUUGUCUCACGCUUUGUUCCUCGUAUUGGGUUUUAAUUUUAUUUGGUUUACUGUUAUAAUACACCACAAAUCACCACCACAUAUACGUGAUUUUAAACUGUGUCAUGGGUAGAGUGUGAACAUUUCACCUGCUUCCUACAGCAAAAUCAGUUGACUUGUUACUUGUAAUGAACAAAACUGAAAUGUAAUAUUUAACAAUCUAAAUCAGUUUCAUGUAUAGAUAGGUCACAAGCCACUACAACAUAAUAAGAAACACAACUUUCAUAGUGAGGACUUUUUGACUUGUCAUAGCAGGUAAAUCACAGGGAUAGGGCUCUUUUUGUUGAAGUUUGCUUCUGGGAAAAUUAUCUCAAUACUAGAACCCUUGAAGUGAAAAUGUCAAAUGCAGAUAUAAUCGAUUUUCCUGCCACCACCUGUCUGCAGUGAGAAGGUCUGCAUGAGUGGUUGUUAGCUGCAAAUGUCUCAUCUUCACUACAGUGGGUUUUUUCCCUCUCAAGUUACAAGUAACUGAUAACAUACUCAAAAAUACAUAUUUUUCCUCUUACCUGUAGUGCUAUUUAUCAGUCUAGAUACUUUUGGUGUGAGCUGGCGAGUGUUAGAGAUAUUGGUAGUAGAAAUGGCUGCCUUCUCUCCAGUAUAAUAACAGUUCAAACCAGGGAUAUUUUGUGGCUUCUGGGGUAGCGUGUAGGGUGCACCUAUGCUUUAUGUUCUUAAACCAGACACUGGCGAUUUGAUUUGUUGAGUUGCAGCUGGGUUGAGUUGAACUCAGACCAGCCAGUUCACACCAUUGCAACUUUUCUCUGCAAUGUUCUAAAAUGGUUUUGUCUCUUUCUGAAUUGUUGGUCUGAACUGGGCUUAAUGGAAUUAGAUACUCGGCUUGUGGUGCUCUAAGCAACAAAAAAAUACAUCUGAAAAACUCAGCAGCAAUGUCUCUUUCAGGACUAUUGUCUUUCUACCAAACUACACCUGCAAACAGAAUCACUGCGCAGAAGGAAGCGUGCAUCUGCUCAUGAAUGAGAAGCUUGUGCUUAUGACAGCGUGACAUGUAAACGUUACUGGUGUUUCCUCAGCUGAGCUGUAGCAUUAGCUAGCUCAGUGGUGCUAGGUGAGCUAGCAGUAGAUGCACCACAAUGAUACGUUUGGAGAGUGUAGUUUGGUAAUAAAGAAAAUGGUAUCUACAUGAAGCCGCUCACAAUAAGGUCUGUGGAUUAUCUAACCAAGUCAUGAUUUCUGGAAAGAGACGUUGUUGAGUUUUUCAAAUGUAUUUGCCAAUGUAUUUUGGCACUUGAGCCCUACAAGCUGAGUGCCGUCUAGUUCCAUUAUAUUGGAGAGAAGGCAGACAUCUCUAUGGCUGGUAUCUCCAACACUCAGCAACUCAGACUAAAAACUAUCUGGAUUGAUAAAUAACGCUACAGGUUGAUUAUGGCAGCUGUUAACAGACCUCCACCAGCUCAUCCAGGACCAACUGGAGGAAACCUACACACUCACAUUCACAGUGGUGUACCAGCCUCUGAGCAGCAAGAUCCAGGAGUGCACAGUGCCAGCCACGACCCAGCACCUUCAUCCCACACUCAUCCACACAUCUCUGCCCGGCCUGUCGUCUAUGUCCAUGCUCCACCUCCACCCCCUUUCCUCCAUUACCAGUGGUCCAUGCCCUUCCCCUAUAACCCCUUUGCUGGAUUUCCAGGCAUGGGCUAUGGUAUGGUCAUGCCCCCAUUCCCUCCUCCAUACAUGGAUGCUCCAGCCUACAUUCUGCCCCACCCUCACAUUCAACCAGUCGACUACAGACGUUUGCUCCAUCCCCCGGUCCAUGGUCCCAGUGCACUCUACCAGAAUCCAAAUCAGACCCGCAGAACUCGCCUGCCUCACACUGUCCCUGUUAGAGAAACUGUGAACUCUGAGGUCCAAACUGAACCCACACAGAGAGGCAGAGGUGGUUACAGUGAGGGAAGCCCACUUGUCAGCUCAGAAUCUGGGCAUGGAACCGCUUCAAGCUCUCCAACCUCCUCAAGCUCCAGCUCCCAAAAACAAUGCCCUGCCCAGGCAGAGAAUAACACAUCACCCAGCAGUAAAACAAAAGACAUCCAGGUUAAAAGGAGUAGCACAAGUAGCACAGUCAAACAUGUCCUACAUCCUUCAGGAACAAAUACUGUCCAGUCAUGUAUCAGAGAAACUCUGGAGAGAGAAUACAGGAGAACACAGAGGAGCUGUAAAGACAGUGUUGGUCGGGAGAAUGCCGCUCCUUGCAGAACCAGUCACUGCAAUGUGUGGUCAGUGAGUUCUCAAGAUAGUAUGGUUCCUGUAUGUAGCUCUUCCCAAAAAGAGGAUGAGGUUAUGAAAGAGAGACGCAUCUCUGUUCCUGACAUUCUAAUGAGUUGGAGAGGUAGCACGCCACAGGAGACGAUGCUGAAGGUGGCAGACAAGCUGCCUCAGAGUGACCACCAGCUGCAGUCUUAUGAAACUGAAGUAGAAUGUGAGAAGUCUGUUUGCCGGAGUCCAACCAAAAAUGGUCCAGUGGUGGCUGGAGGUGUUAAUGCUAAUGAUGAUACUGAGGUUAAUUUAAGCCCUAAAGAGAGUCUGUCCCUAUUCAAGGUCCUCAAACUGAGAGAAGCUCAUGAAGAGCCAGAGGCAGAAUCCAGGAGAGAAAAAGAGCCUGUGGCAUUGGUUGGCUCUGUGAGGCGCUGUCUGCCCUACAGAGAUGAACCCCAAGAUUCACCAAACAAAUCCCAGAAGCUUCCUGAUAAUGAGCAAGAAGAUGACAGUGAGACAAAUCCACAUCAAGACACAUCAGAGAUCAUUCCCUAUCAAAUGUAUGUAAAUAACUUUCAGCUGAAGAGAAAAAUGAAUGAGUCUGUUUGGUCUGUGGAAUCUCUGGCUCCCUUUAUCCCCACUAAGGAGUGGCUGCUGCAGAACAGCAUUUUUGAGCCUAAGGUCAUUGUUGAGAUGACGGAGGAGGAUGAAAAUGGUAGACCGUCAGCCAAAAAUGACAACCUAAUUGUCAAAUCUGGUAAAGACAGGAGGCAGACUCGCAGAUGUUCCUCCUCUGACUCUGUCCCGAUGUCAGACAGCUGGCUUCUUUUCAGUACCCCUGCUGAGAAGCUCGGUCCAUCAGAGAAGCCAGAAAUGGAGAGUGAAAUUGACGCCUCUGAAAUGAGGACACCAAAGCAAGGCCAGAGUAUGGCUCCUUCAGAAAAGGAUCCCUCGAUAUCCCUGACUCACCUGCAGAGUAAAUUAAUUUUGUCUACCCCCACUGAAAAAGAUGUGGACAAAGAUAGGUCUUCUGAACCUGAGGCUAAUCAAAGCCCAAACCAGAAAUCUUUCAUUGUAAAUGAGCAGCAGGAGAAAAGCAGCUCUCCCCAGCAGGAAGAAACUCUCCUCUUGAACUCUGCGGCAGGGGAGAACAUGUCACCUACUGGCCAAAACAGAGUGGAUGUGGAGGUAGAGGAGGAAGCAUGUAGGAAUGAAGUAGUCAGUCAGAUGACGGAGCAACUGUGUGUCCUGAUGGCUGACCAGAAGAUGGAUGAAGUGUCUCCAUCGAAGGGAAAAUUAGUGGAUUGUGGUGUCCAGUGUAGUGAAUUACAAGAGAAGUGUUCAUGUGAGGAGAUGAAGAGCAGCAUGGGACCAAAUAGAGGGCAUCAUUUGAAGUAUUCAGAUAUGAAGAAAGCAAACAACGGCCAGGCUGAAGGAUUCUGUAUGAAGGGAAAUGGGCAGAGAAACCAGAAGAGGAAUGGUCACUGGAGGAACAGGGGUCAAGAAAAGCACAGCAACCAGCAGGAUAUCUACAAUGGAUACUGUGGCAAACCUGGGAAAUCACAAGGUGGAAAUGGAAGGAACCCACGGUACUGAGCAUUGACUACACUCUACAAGACGACUCUUGGUUUUAAAGUAUCAGUUUAAUAUUAACAUGAAUUUCAAAUUAAGAAUGUAAUAAACUUAUUUUUCAAUAAA